CGGCGCGGCGGCUGGCCCUCCAGCGGCCUCCCGGGAGCAGCGGUGCGCGGGCCUCGUCCUCCGUCGGCCUGGGCGACGCCGGGGGACAUGUCGGGGCGCACGGAAACGGAGCAGGCGUGCGCGGCCGCGCAGGAGGAGAGCGAGGACGAGAGCGAGGUGCUGGAGGAGAGCCCGUGCGGCCGCUGGCAGAAGCGCAAGGAGCAGGUGAACCAAGGCAACAUGCCCGGGCUCCAGAGCACCUUCCUGGCCAUGGAUACGGAGGAAGGUGUGGAGGUGGUGUGGAACGAGCUGCAGUUCAUGGACAAGGCGGCCUUCACGGCGCAUGAGGAGAAGAUCAAGGCCACCUUUGAGCAGCUGGUGGUCGUGGACCAUCCCAACAUCGUGAAGGUGCACAAAUACUGGCUGGACGUGAAGGAAAGCAAGGCCCAAGUGAUCUUCAUCACCGAGUACGUCUCCUCAGGGAGCCUGAAGCAGUUCCUGAAGAAGACCAAGAAAAACCACAAAGCCAUGAAUGCCAAGGCGUGGAAACGCUGGUGCACCCAGAUCCUCUCAGCUCUCAGCUACCUGCACUCCUGCAAUCCCCCCAUCAUCCACGGCAACCUCACCAGUGACACCAUCUUCAUCCAGCACAACGGGCUCAUCAAAAUUGGAUCAGUCUGGCAUCGUGUUUUUGCAAAGGCCCUUCCGCCCGAGCUCCACAGCCCGGUCCAUACAGAGCGGGAGGACCCGCGGAACCUGCACUUCUUCCCACCGGAGUACGGAGGGACGGCCGACGGCACAGCGGUGGACAUCUUCUCCUUCGGGAUGUGUGCGCUGGAGAUGGGCGUGCUGGAGAUCCAGUCGAACGGGGACUCCUCGGUGACCAAGGAGGCCAUUGAGCGAGCCAGGCACUCUUUGGAUGACCCCAACAUGCGGGAAUUCAUCCUGGGCUGCCUCCUCCUGAACCCCAGCCGGCGGCCCACGGCACACGACCUGCUGUUCCACCGGGUGCUUUUUGAGGUCCGCUCCCUGAAGCUCCUGGCUGCCCAUUGCUUCAUCACCCACCAAUACCUGUGGCCUGAAAAUGUGGUGGAAGAGAAAACGAAGGAGCUGGAUCUGAGUGAGGAUAUUCAGAGGUCUCUUUCCUGGAAUUGGACAAAUUCUUGGAAGACGUCAGGAAUGGCAUCUACCCCCUGAUGAACUUUGCCACCGUCCGGCCCCACACCCUGCCACAGUCCAGUUCCCAGGCCCUGGAAGACCCCCAGAAAGCCCUAACCCCCACACCGGAGCCUUUGGAUGUGGAGACGCGGAAGGUGGUGCAAAUGCAGUGCAGCACGGAGUGGCAGGAGGAGAGGCGGCAAUGGCGCCUGACCCUCCUCCUCACCCUGGAAGACAAGCUCCACCGCCACCUGAGCUACGACCUGCUCCCAG